UUUAUACACAUUGUGAACAAGCGAACCUUGCGCACCUGUCGACCGUCGACUAAACUAAUUCUGACACUGACAUCUACACAUUCAGCUAUCUGACAUUCCCAGGAAUUAAGACACCAUGGCCGAUCCGCAACACGAGGAGAUUCUUGCACCUUUGAGGGCAAAUGUUAAAGAACAAGGCGAUUUGGUGCGCCAAUUGAAAAGUGAUGGAGCACCAGAUUUAGAUGUGAAAAAAGCUGUAGCUGAACUCAAGGCAAGAAAAAAGAUCUUAGAAGAUAAAGAAUUAAGUUUAAUUCCACAAGAUGCAACUUUUGACAGAGCAAAGAUGGAAGACUUGCUCAAGAGGAGAUUUUUCUAUGAUCAGUCUUUUGCUAUCUAUGGUGGAAUCACUGGACAGUUUGAUUUUGGUCCUAUGGGUUGUGCUUUCAAACAAAAUUUGUUACAAAGCUGGCGUCAAUUCUUUGUUCUGGAGGAGCAAAUGUUAGAAGUGGAUUGUACUAUCCUAACACCAGAACCCAUCCUCAAGGCGUCUGGACACGUGGAUCGAUUCGCUGAUCUAAUGACAAAAGAUGUAAAAUCCGGCGAAUGUUUCCGCCUGGAUCACUUAAUCAAAGCGCACUUGGAAAAACUCUGCGCGGAUAAGAAAACAUCAGCAGAAACGAAAGCUGAAUGUGCCGAUAUUGUCAUCAAGUUAGACGGAAUGAACAAAUCGGAAAUGGCUGCAGUAAUGACAAAAUACAACAUGAAAUCACCAAUCACCGGCAACGACCUCACCGAACCCAUCGAAUUCAAUUUAAUGUUCGGUACACAAAUUGGUCCAUCCGGAUUAAUCAAGGGUUUCCUGAGACCGGAAACCGCGCAGGGUAUUUUUGUCAAUUUCAAACGCUUGUUGGAGUUUAACCAGGGGCGAUUACCCUUUGCCGCUGCACAAAUAGGAAAUGCAUUUAGAAAUGAAAUUUCACCACGAUCUGGAUUGAUUCGAGUGCGCGAGUUCACAAUGGCGGAAAUUGAGCAUUUCUGUGAUCCAGUUGACAAGAAACAUCCAAAAUUCGUUGAUGUUGCUGACACUGAAAUGCUCUUGUACUCAGCAUGUAACCAAAUGGACGGUAAACCAGCUGAACGUGUGAAAAUCGGAGAAGCUGUUUCCAAAACAUUGGUUGCGAAUGAAACUCUGGGAUACUUCAUGGCCAGGAUUCAAAAAUUCCUGCUACAAUCCGGUGUGGAUGCUAAUAAAUUGCGUUUCCGUCAGCACAUGGCGAAUGAAAUGGCUCACUAUGCUCAGGAUUGCUGGGAUGCCGAAAUAUUAACAUCUUAUGGUUGGAUUGAAUGUGUUGGGUGUGCAGAUCGUUCAGCUUACGAUCUCACCCAACACACCAAAGCAACUGGAGUACGCCUCGCCGCAGAAAAGAAACUCGCCGAACCGAAAACAAUCGAUGUUGUAGAAGACCCAGAGAAAGGCAUCCUUGGAAAGACAUUCAAAAAGGACGCUAAAGUCAUAACAGACACUUUAAAUAACUUAUCUUCUGAUGACAUCACCGAUUUGGAUACAAAACUACAAUCUGAAGGAAAAUAUUCUUUAAUCGUCGCUGAUAAAACUUUCGAUUUGACCAAGGAGAUGAUCAGUGUGAAGAUAUCAAAAACUGUGCAUGUCGAAGAGAUAACACCGAGUGUAAUCGAACCAUCAUUCGGUAUCGGCAGAAUAAUGUACGCUAUUUUUGAGCAUAGCUUCAAACAGCGCGAGAAUGAUGAACAGAGGACUUAUCUCUCACUGCCUGCUUCUGUAGCGCCAUUAAAAUGCAGUGUGCUACCGUUGAGUUCUAAUGAAGAGUUUGCUCCAUUCAUCAAACAGAUUUCUGCCGCCUUGACUAAAGUUGACGUCUCUCACAAAGUCGAUGAUAGUUCCGGCUCGAUCGGUCGUCGCUAUGCGCGCACAGAUGAAAUCGCCAUUCCGUACGGCAUUACAAUCGAUUUUGAUACUUUAAAAGAACCAAACAGCGUUACUCUCCGCGAGAGAGACUCAAUGGGACAAGUUCGAAUUCCCUUGAGUGAAAUCGCCGAAGUUGUCCACAACUUGUCAUACAGUAAACAAGCAUGGAAGGACAUCUCCGCAAAAUACCCCAAGUUUGAACAACAAGAAACCAAGAAUUAAAGAAUAAAAUUCAAGGCAACGCCGAACGUGCGCAUUUAAUGUAUCAGGCCAUGUAAUGUAUUUAUAAGAUGAAAAAUAAACACACCAGGCGUUCAAAUAUAA